GUUCCUCCUAUGGAAGUGGAUGAAGUAGUGUCCGUCCUGGAUCACGAUGCGUUCGCUGCCAAGCAUAUGCCAGACCUGGGCCAUGAAGUGAAGGAGUUCAAGGUGUACCAUUGGAAACUAUCAAACUGGAAGAAGCUGGAGAAGAAGCUUACGAGCCCAGAAUUUGAGUGUGGCGGGCACAGAUGGCGCAUAUUACUGUUUCCGUUCGGCAACUCGAACGCGCCGCCGAAUGAUACCGUGUCUGUAUAUCUCGACUACGCCAACCCCAAAAACGCGCCGGAGGGUUGGCACGCUUGUGCGCAGUUUGCUUUAGUUAUCUCGAAUCCUCACGACCCAACGAUCUACACCGUCAGCCAUGCGCAUCACCGGUUCAUCGCAGAGGAAUGUGAUUGGGGCUUCACGCGGUUCAGCGAAUUGAGGAAGCUGUUCACGGUACAAGAAGGACAUAAUCGGCCGACAAUCGAAGACGAAUCAGCCAUGGUGUCUGUCUUUGUCCGAGUGUUGGAAGAUCCUACGGGUGUCCUCUGGCAUAAUUUCGUCAAUUAUGAUUCGAAGAAGGAGACAGGUUACGUGGGCCUGAAGAAUCAAGGCGCUACAUGUUACAUGAACUCCCUACUCCAGUCCCUCUAUUGCACACGAUAUUUCCGAAAGGCUGUCUAUCAAAUUCCGACGGAAGACGAGCACCCUACUGAAAGUGUGGCUCUUGCUUUACAGCGGGUCUUCUACCAUCUGCAGACAUCCGACCAGCCAGUCGGUACUACCGAAUUGACAAAGUCUUUCGGGUGGAAGUCCUUGGACUCCUUCCUGCAACAUGAUGUGCAGGAAUUCAACCGAGUCUUGCAAGACAAGUUGGAAUCCAAGAUGAAGGGCACGAAAGCGGAGGGCGCCAUUGCUAAGCUCUUCCUGGGUAAAAUGAAGAGUUAUAUCAAGUGCGUCAAUGUCGAUUACGAGUCAUCCCGUAUCGAAGAGUUCAGCGACAUUCAGCUAAACGUCAAGGGAAUGAAGAACCUGUAUGAGUCGUUCAAGGAUUAUGUCGCUGUCGAGACCCUGGACGGUGAUAACAAGUACCAGGCAGAAGGUUAUGGUUUGCAAGAUGCCAAGAAGGGUAUCAUCUUUCAGUCAUUCCCUCCCGUCCUCCAUUUGCAAUUGAAGCGCUUCGAGUACGAUAUUCAACGCGACGCCAUGGUCAAGAUCAACGAUCGUCAUGAAUUCCCUUUCGAGAUUGAUCUCGACGAAUUCCUGGAUGAGACAGCUGACAGGUCGCAACCAUGGGUUUACAAGCUGCACGGUGUCUUAGUUCACUCUGGCGAUUUGCACGGCGGUCACUACUUCGCUCUGAUCAAGCCUGACCGUGAGACACGGUGGCUGAAGUUCGAUGAUGACCGAGUGACUCCUGUGACUGAUCGAGAGGUGCUGGAGGAGAACUACGGAGGCGAGCCUCUAAACGGAGUCCCUCCCGCAAUGCAACGCAACCAGGUUCGGGCGAUGAAGAGGUUUACGAACGCGUACAUGUUGGUGUACAUCCGUGAAUCAGCGAUUGAUGAGAUCCUUGCACCUUUCACGGAGGAAGACACCCCUGCCCAUCUCAAACGACGCUUGGACGAGGAACGGUUACAAUUGGAGGCCAAGCGGAGGGAGAGGGAAGAACAGCACUUGUUCUUGACUGCCAAGGUUAUCACAGACGAGACAUUUGCGCGACAUGAAGGGUUCGAUUUGGCUUCUUUCGAUGAAAAGAAUUGGCCGCCCUCCGAUCUUCCAAGCUUCCGUGUUCUGAAACAGGAAACCUACCCCGUAUUCAAGAGUCGGGUGGCGCAGCACUUCCAUUACCCCGAGAACCAGAUACGCCUAUGGGUUUUGGUGAAUAGACAGAACAAAACUGUGCGGCCCGAUACCCACAUACCCGAGAAUGAGCCUACGUUAACCGUGGAGGUCAUUCGUAAUAACAUGGCUGCCAGGCAGAACGAUCUCCGACUAUAUCUGGACGUAGUCACUGACCCGUCCAAGCCAGACCCGCCCCCGGGAUCCAUCAUGAUAUUCCUGAAGCAUUUCGACACGACAAAACAGACGCUCUAUGGUGUGGGCAAGUGUUACGUCCAACGGAAUGCCAAGGUCGGCGACCUAAUGCCCAUAAUCAAUGAGAGAAUGAGAUGGACACCUGGCACGCCACUCAAGCUUUAUGAGGAAAUCAAACCGGGAAUGAUCGAGCUCAUGAAGCCCAAACUUACCUUCGCGCAGAGCGAAAUUCAGGACGGUGAUGUGAUUUGUUUCCAAGUCGAGAUUAACGACAAAGAGGUCCACGACCUCGAGAGUCAAGGUCUCUAUUCGAAUCCCGUGCAAUAUUACGACUUCCUUCAGAACCGCGUUAUGAUCAUCUUCCGACCCAAGUUUGAGGAACCAGACGCAUCUCAUCCGGAGUUCAAUUUGGUGCUGAGUAAGAAGCAAAACUAUGACAUCAUGGCCACCAAAGUAGGGGAAUACUUACGGCAUGACCCGAUCAAACUGCGGUUUACUACGACACAUGCAACGAACGGGACACCGAAGGCGGUUUUGAAGCGGUCUCUCAAUCAGAGCAUCGCAGAAAUCAUGGCGCCCAGCUACGUGAACCCUACGACGACUGUCAUCCUCUACGAGAAGUUGGAUGUCAGCAUAGUGGAACUAGAAACGAAGCGGAGCCUCAAGGUUAUCUGGACGGGUAUCCACAACAAGGAGGAGGCCUCGCACUCGUUCCUGCUCCCGAAGACGAGCAUGGUACAUGACCUUGCGGAUCAUCUGGCCAAGCUGGUAACUCUAACACCGGAUGGUACGGGCAAGAUUCGCAUAUUCGAGGUUUCCAAAGAUGGCAAGACACAGAAGGAAUUCACUGGGUCGGAAAUGAUUGGGAAUAUACCAGACCCAGUGGAGCUAUAUGCUGAGGAGAUACCGGUUGAGGAAGCCGAGGCAGAUGACCACGACAAGGUCAUCAGCGUCUUCCACUUCUCAAAGGAGGUGUCAAGGACGCAUGGAGUGCCCUUCAAGUUUGUUGUCAAGCCUGGUGAGAAAUUCUUGGAGACAAAGAAACGUCUUCAAGCUCGGAUAGGCGUCUCAGACAAGGACUUCGCCAAGUAUCGCUUUGCACUUGUGCAGGUUGCGACGUUUAAGCAGCCAUCAUACAUCGAAGAUGAGGAUACCAUAUACGAUCAUAAGUUCGCGCCCGAAGACGCACUAGGAUUGGACCACGUAGACAAGUCUGGCAAG